AUGAAAGACUGGCGUAAAGCCGUUCAUAAGACUCCCAUCUCAUACACUGUCACUAAUAAUACGCUAAGACUUCAGACACAGUUCGUGACCGUUGUCUCCAUCGCCGGUAUUGUCGUACUCUUCAUCUUGUAUUCAUUGGUACCCAGAAGUCGGGUCUCCACUCUUCACGACCCCAUUCGCGACAAGCAUUUAGACGAUGAUCACCAACACAUCCAUCACCACAAAGACUGUGUCACUCGCACCCCAUAUAACACCACUUAUCCACUCUCGAGACCGGAAUAUCUAUCGGACGAGAAGAUCCGAUUCCGGAUCGCUGUCAUCACCGAUUUGGACACCGAUUCUCGACAGCCGUCUGACGGACACCACGACUCGUGGAUCAGUUAUUUACUCAAAGGAUAUCUCACGUAUUAUCCCAACGAAGACUACAUACAAGUGAAAUGGGAUAAGAGAUCGGUUGGUCUGCACACGACUCUGGCCGCUGAGGGACGAGCCCUGGAGUUGUCGGAACUGAUUGUUUUCAACGGCAAACUCUAUUCAUGCGAUGACAGGACAGGCAUUGUGUACGAAAUGAGAGACAAUAUAGCGAUUCCGUGGGUUAUACUCAACGACGGCGACGGCAAUAAUGGACAACAUUUUAAGUGCGAAUGGCUUUCAGUGAAAGACCAAACACUAUAUGUGGGCGGACUCGGGAAGGAGUGGACGUCGAUUACCGGCGAUCCCAUCAAUAAUAAUCCGCAAUGGAUUAAGACUGUGUCGCCCACCGGCGAAGUGGUCCACCAGAACUGGAGAGACAAUUAUCUGGCGCUGAGGUCUUCGUGCGGAAUCCAGUUUCCCGGUUAUGUGAUACACGAGUCGGCCGUUUGGAGUGAUGUCCACCAGAAGUGGUAUUUCCUUCCGCGAAGAGUCUCGUCGACCAAAUACGACGAGAAAGAAGACGAGAGAAAGGGAUCUAAUAUUAUGCUAAUCUCUAACAAAGACUUCAAAGACGUUCAGAUGAGAACUGUUGGACCAGUUCUGCCAACUCAUGGCUUCUCUUCGUUUAAAUUCGUUCCCAACACUAAAGACAGAGUAAUCGUUGCGCUCAAGUCUGAAGAGGACAGCGGAGUGAUCAAGACAUACAUCACUGGCUUCACUGUCGACGGAAAGGUCUUACUAUCGGAACAAUUAAUAGGAAAUUAUAAAUACGAAGGAAUUGAGUUUAUUUGA